CCCUCUCCUCUCAAUUCCUCAAGGACCGCGUGCUUCUGCUCUUCCCCGCUGCAGCGAAGCCUCACCGGCGUGCACGCAGCCUUCAACAGCCCCCGGCGCCGCAACUCCAAGUCCGUGCCUCAACUGCCCGGACUUCGCCAGAUUCGAUCGCAGUCCGUGCCCCAGGAAGGACGCUGCCUCACGACCCCUUCGCAACCACCUCAGGCUCCAAAGGGCGCAGCCACGCUUCCGCGUCAUCCCAUGCUCAAAACCCUCUGAGCGCCGCACCACCGCCCACCGAAGCACCUGCAGCUCCUGCAGCACCGGCACCAUGUUUGGCUUCCUCGCGAACCGCUUCCAGAACCCGCGCGCGGGCGAGCAGACCCGCCCGGGCUGGUUCGACCGCCACUGCACGCCCGUUCUGCUCUCCAUCGCAAAGAAGGCAUGCACGCACCCCGUGCACACCAUUGUCACAAUCGCCUUUCUGGCCAGUUACUCGUAUUUGGGUGUACUCGACAAGGGCUUCCUCGAGCAGAAUGAUGCGACCCCGGGACAAGUCGAUUUCUCCACCAUGCUGACCGGCAGCAAGAGACUGAGGGUCGGCCAGGAAACGGCAUGGAAGUGGGAAACAGAAGAACACGGGCCUGACAGCGUGGAAAAGACGCAGGAAAUUGCCCUCGUCACCCUCGUCUUCCCCGAUUCGAGCGCCAUCAACUCGGCGCCAUCGCAGAUCGCACUCCCCGCCAAUGUCUCCGCGACACUGCUCCCGAGCUCCUUCAACUCCUUCUCUACAAUCUCCCACGAUACGUCUUUGGCAUAUGCGAUGCCCUAUGCUGAGGCCGCCGACUUCCUACUGGCCAUGCAGGAGAUCUCCGCGCCGAAAGACGCAUCCGAAUCGCACGGCUCCCAGGCUGAAGGCACACUCGAGGAGAAGAAGUGGAUCAUGAAGGCUGCCAAGAGCGGAACUGCCUCAGGCGGCAUCCGCAACUGGGCUCACGACUCUUGGACUUCGUUUGUGGACCUUCUCAAGAAUGCGGAUACCGGUGAUAUCGUCAUCAUGGCCAUGGGUUAUCUGGCCAUGCAUCUAACCUUCGUUUCGCUCUUCCUCGCCAUGCGCCGUCUGGGAUCCAACUUCUGGCUCGCGACCGCUGUUCUUCUCCAGUCAGCAUUCGCCUUCUUGUUCGGCCUCGCCGUAACCACCUACUUUGGCAUUCCCAUCAACAUGGUCCUUCUUUCCGAAGGUCUCCCGUUCCUGGUUGUCAUAAUUGGAUUCGAGAAACCCAUCGUUCUGACCAAAGCUGUCUUGUCUGCCUCGUUGGAUGCGCGAAGGAAUGCCGAGGAGCACCGUGGCGAACCGCUUACCAUUCAGUCGGCCGUGCAGAAGGCCAUCAAGAAGACUGGAUUUGACAUCGUGCGCGAUUACUUUUUCGAAAUCUUGGUCCUUGUCGCUGGAGCCCUGUCUGGUAUCCAGGGAGGAUUGCGCCAGUUCUGCUUCCUCGCUGCUUGGAUCUUGUUCUUCGAUGCCAUCAUGCUUUUGACAUUUUUCACCGCUAUCCUGACCAUCAAGCUGGAGAUCAACCGGAUCAAGAGGCAUGUCGCCCUUCGUCGCGCUCUAGAAGACGAUGGUAUCGACCGCAGGGUCGCUGAGAAUGUGGCUCUCAACAACGACUGGCCCAGCGCUAGCGACGUGCAGUCCCGUUCUUCGACUACCACUAUCCUUGGCAAGAAGAUCACCGUCCCGAAGUUCAAGAUUGUCAUGGUUGCUGGAUUCUUCCUGGUCAACAUCCUCAAUGUUGCCACACUGAGAUUUGGUCUGUCCCACAGAUCUGCCCACAUGUCCGGUGUCGGCGCUACAGCCCCCCUCGACCCUUUCAAGGUCGCUGGAAGUGGCCUGGAUACUAUUCUCGAGCAAGCGAAGAAGGCCGCAACCUCCACGAUUGUCACCGUUCUCACGCCGAUUAAGUAUGAGUUGGAGUACCCAUCGAUCCACUAUGCUGAGCCCAACCUCACCGAUGACGAGAUGACUUUUGGUAACAACAUCAGCACCCAUUUCGUUGAUGGCGUCUUGAAGAGCAUGGAGGAUCCAUUCCUCAGCAAGUGGAUCAUCGUGGCCCUCUUCCUGAGCGUUGUGAUGAACGGCUACCUCUUCAACGCUGCUCGAUGGACGAUCAAGGAACCCCACAAGCCGCUUGAACCCCCUACUGCAGCCGAAAUUCAGGAUGGUACUCCGCCGACGCCUGCACCUGGUAUUCCGCACCUGCAUAUGCCAACCCCACCGAUCACUCCGGGCCCCGAGCAACAGGCAAACCGCGGAGUACUCCAGCCUUUGACCCCACAGCCCGGUCCGGUCCAGCCUCAGCUACUUCAGGCCGAGACCGCCAAGGUCCCCACGGCAGAGGAACAGAGACAGCCCAACAGGCCUUUCGAGUUUUUGGAACAAGCUCUAAAAGAGAAGCGCGUGACCAGUCUCACUGACGAGGAGCUCAUCGAACUUGCUGUCAAGGGCAAGCUUCCUGGUUAUGCCCUAGAGAAGACCCUUGGCGACAAGACUCGUGCCGUGAAGGUUCGACGUGGCCUUGUAUCCCGAACACAUGCAACCCGCGAGACUUCCACCUUGCUUGAGCGAUCUCUACUUCCGUACAAGGACUACAACUACGACUUGGUGCAUGGUGCCUGCUGCGAGAACGUCAUCGGUUACCUUCCUCUGCCCCUUGGUGUGGCUGGACCCAUUAUGGUCGAUGGCCAGAAUUACUUCCUUCCUAUGGCCACUACCGAAGGUGUCCUAGUGGCGUCUACUUCGCGUGGCUCCAAAGCGAUUAAUGCCGGUGGCGGUGCUACUACCGUUGUUACUCAGGACGGCAUGACCCGUGGACCUUGCAUCGGCUUUGAGAAUCUCACCCGCGCCGGUGCUGCUAAGCUUUGGCUCGAUUCGGAGGAGGGUCAGAGGACAAUGAAGAACGCGUUCAAUUCGACCUCCCGAUUUGCUAGGUUACAAUCGAUGAAGACUGCUAUCGCGGGGACGAACCUGUACGUGCGUUUCAAGACGACUACCGGUGACGCCAUGGGCAUGAACAUGAUCUCCAAGGGUGUGGAACACGCUCUUACCGUUAUGGCGAACGACUGCGGCUUUGACGACAUGCGUGUUAUCACUGUGUCUGGUAACUACUGCACGGACAAGAAGGCAGCUGCGAUCAACUGGAUUGAUGGUCGUGGCAAGGGUGUCGUCGCCGAAGCAGUCAUUCCUGGCCAUAUCGUCAAGUCUGUGCUCAAAUGCGAGGUUGAAGACCUUGUGCAGAUGAACAUCUCGAAAAACUACAUUGGUUCUGCCAUGGCCGGUGCGCUGGGUGGUUUCAAUGCCCACGCUGCCAACAUCGUUGCUGCCAUCUAUCUGGCUACCGGACAAGAUCCCGCGCAAGUUGUCGAAUCCUCCAACUGCAUAACAAUCAUGAACAACGUCAAUGGUAACCUCCAAAUCUCCGUCUCUAUGCCCUCGAUCGAAGUUGGUACCAUCGGAGGCGGCACGAUCCUCGAGCCGCAAUCCGCCAUGCUCGAUCUGCUGGGUGUCCGCGGAGCUCACCCAACCUCUCCCGGAGAUAAUGCACGACAAUUAGCUCGCGUCAUCGCCGCUGGUGUGCUCGCCGGUGAACUUUCUCUCAACGCUGCUUUGUGCGCUGGUCACCUCGUCAAGGCGCAUAUGGCACACAACAGAAGCAACGUCGCCAGCCGCGCUGCUACGCCUGCGCCAUCCACUCCCGCCAACGGCAACAUGACGCCAGUCACAAGCGCAUUGACGGCGAGCUCGAGCGGGCCCCUACCCAAGCGGUAGGCUUUAGCCU